AUGGCUCUGUUCUUCGAGGACAACACCGGCUCUUUGAAGCUAAUAGCGAUUCAGUUAUUCCAAGACGCUGCAGACGACAAUCCGGUGUUCUUGCCGUCUGAUCCGGAGUAUACCUGGGCCCUUGCGAAAAUGUGGUUCAAUAACGCCGACUCUUGCGUGCAUCUCACCAUAGCACAUUUUGGGUUCGCGCAUGCGCUGAUGGAGGGAAUCGCGGUGACGACGAACAGGCAUCUUUCUCAAUCGCAUCCCCUGUUUAAGCUCCUGGCUCCGCACUUCUACCACUCGAUGGCAGUCAACCAACGUCUGUACGAAAAAAUCAUCUCCCCUGAGGCGGGCUGGCUCGAAAACAUCAUGGGCAUUGGCACAAACGGUUUUGAAGAAAUAAUCCGAAGGUACAACGCUAUCUGGAGGCUCGACCUCAACGGUCUUCUUCCGGCCGACCUUCGAACACGCGGCGUUUUUGAGACUGACAUUCUAAAACAAUACUUCUUCCGGGAGGACGCAAUGGCUCUUUGGGAAGUAAUUGAAUUGUUCGUAUCAAAAUACGUAAAACUCUAUUACGACGUUGAUGAUAAGAUAAUAGAAGAUUCAGAGCUUCAAAACUGGCGACAGGAAAUGACGACAGAAGCUGACCACGGAGGCUUGGAAAUAUAUGGAGUACCUGGAGAAAUGGACAAGUUCACAUCGCGCGUCCACGUGACUUCCGUAUGUGCAUUUAUAAUCUACACGUGCAGCGUUGCCCACGCAGCUGUCUGCUUCAAGCAAUACGACGAGUACGCCUUCCCGCGAAAUUACCCGGCGAAGCUCCUGGGAGAGCCGCCAAGGGACAAAACGCCGCGUCAGGAGCAGGAUAUCCUGAACGCACUUCCGGGAAGGUAAAACAUGGUGGAUGCUUUAACAAUUCUGAAAUUGCUGAGUGAACGACACACGAAGCCGAUGGGAGAGUAUGAAAUGAACCUCGUUUAUGACCAGGAAGGGGUCCGGCUUUUGAAAGAUUUCAAACAAGACCUUAGAGCGCUGAGUGCGACCUUGAAAAUUAAAAAUAGAAUGAGGGUUCCCCCGUAUCCAUUCCUGGACCCUUGUGAAAUUCCUAACAGUAUGAUUCCGUGAACUGAGCACAAUUUCAAAUAAGGGAUCAAAUCAAAGUACAUGUACACAUACUUAUAUGUAUUUCAAAAUGUAUUGCAUAUAAUGCAGUGGCGUUUGGCUGAUUGCCUAUGUGGACAACAACAUCAAUUCAGUUUGAAUUU